UUACACAACAACAGAAAUGAGAUAGCGUCGAAGAUAACUCGCGUUUUUUUUCUUUUAAGAAGAAAAAUUAAAUCGCCUUUGUGAGAAAAAGAACAACCGACUUCGUCUUUGUUUGUUUUGCUCCUUUAUUGAGUUGAACGACUUGAAAGCCAAGCCUCUCAACCACCAAACAGUUUAGUUCUCUCAGAAAGUGAUUGGUUCAUGGUAAAUUGUAAUAAUAUAUCUUGUAAAUAAUUACAUGGUUGGCGGCUUACCUGGUUAACUGCUCUGGUUUCACUUUUCUAGCACUUCCGGGAACAUUCAUUUUACCAUGAUGGUACUCUUGCCUCUCUCUCUCUCUCUCUCUUUAGUUUUCCAUCCAUGCUUUGGGAAAAAAAUUACACUUUAAUCAUGAUCGCUAUGUUUUUCUUUUCUUUUUUUGGUCUGCAAGUGUAAAAUUCCACAUAUAAUAUAUAUAUAGAUAAAAAAGAAGCCCUUUUAGGUUUUUAGUCCAUACUAGUUUGUUGGGGUUUCUUCUAGCUUUGGGACUCUUAUCCUUGAUUGACUGUGUACACAUUAGUUUUGUAGUUUUUGUUGUCCUUUGAUUUUUCAGCUGUUGUAUUUUGGUUCUGUCUUCACGAGUUUUCUGCCAAAAUUGUUUUGUUUCCUAAAGAUAUAUUUAUAUAUAUUUAUAUAUAGAUGGUCUUUUUUUUAUGGAUACCCUUUUGGAUGAAUUUGUUGUUUCAAUGAAUGGUUUUAGUUACAACAGCCCCAAUUCAAUUCCAUUCUAUUCUAACCAAAGUUAUGUAAGAGAUGCUAUAAACAACGACCAUGGUGGAAUUUCACAACCUUGUGAUUAUUCAAAUGAACUUCAUCACCAACACCAUGCUUGUGAGUCAAGUCAGAAUAAUUCGAGCUCUUGUUCUGAGGUAGUAGAUUCUCCAGGCUACAGUGAUUCCUUCAAUGCUACGCUCAAAUUCAUAAGUGAGAUGCUCAUGGAGGAAGAAGACCUGGAGCGAAAGUCAUUGAUGUUGGAGGACCCUUUGGCUCUCCAAGCGGCAGAGAAGUCAUUUUAUGAUGUGCUUGGCCAGAAUUAUCCCCCAUCUUCUUCUGAUAAAGGUCCAAUUUUCGGUGAACCAACAACAAGUGCAUUCUUUCAAAAGGGAAAUACCCAAAUGAUUGAUUUGGAUAAAGAUGGCGUCUGUUUACAGAGGGGGAAGAAGAAUCAUCAGGGUGAAUUUGGUGAUGGUAACAAUGAAGAAGAAGUUAGGAGUGCCAAGCAGGCCGCCGUGAAGGGUGAUGAUUUUGAGCCAACUGAGAUGUUAGAUAAGGUGUUACUCAACCAUGGUGAAAAUGAAUUUACAAAGAAGUUGCAGCAGCAACAACAGCAGCAGCAGCAUGAGGUUAAGCAGCAGGGAAAAAGAUCAGGUAAAAUGAGGCGUUCCAAGAAACAAGACAAAGACAAGACUGAUAUGGUGGAUUUAUGGACUUUGCUUACUCAAUGUGCCCAAGCUGUAGCAAGCUAUGACCAAAGAACUGCAACUGACUUGUUCAAGCAGAUAAGGCAACAUUCUUCUCCUGAUGGAGCUGCAACACAGAGAUUAGCUCAUUAUUUUGCCAAUGGCCUCGAGGCGCGGUUGGUCGGUACUAGCAAAAUCUUGUAUUCACCCCUUGUAAGCAAUGAGAUGUCUGUGGUUGAUAUCUUGAGAGGUCACCAGCUUUACAUUACUGCUUGUCCCUUCUUAAGGAUGUCAUAUUGCUUUGCUAACAGAACAAUUAUGAAACUAGCAAAGAAUGCGAAAACCAUUCACAUCAUUGAUUUUGGUAUUCAGUAUGGUUUCCAAUGGCCUGGUCUUAUCCAACGCCUCUCACAGACACCCGGGGGACCUCCUAAGCUUAGAAUGACUGGAGUUGAGCUUCCACAACCUGGUUUUCGACCUACUGAGAGGGUUGAAGAGACAAAGCGUCGGUUAGAGAAUUACUGCAGGAGAUUCAAUGUCCCUUCGGAGUACAACAUGAUUGCUAAGAAAUGGGAAACAAUCCACUAUGAGGAUCUCAAAAUCAACAAAGAUGAGCUUGUUGUUGUCAACUGUAUGUACCGGUUAAAGCACAUACUAGAUGAAACUGUGGUGAUAAACAAUCCUAGAGACACUGUCCUAAAGCUGUUAAGGAAGAUAAACCCUGCGCUUUUCAUCCAUGGUGUUUAUAAUGGAACAUAUAAUGCGCCUUUCUUCUUGACACGGUUCAGAGAGGCACUCCUGCACUACUCUUCGCUGUUUGAUAUGUUUGAUUCAACAGUACCCCGUGAAGAAAGGUACAGGAUGGAGUUUGAGAAAGCAAUAUAUGGAAGAGAUAUAAACAACAUCAUAGCAUGUGAGGGCAUGGAAAGAGUCGAGAGGCCGGAGUCCUACAAGCAGUGGCAAGUUCGGAAUGCCAGGGCUGGCUUCAAGCAGACUCCACUUGACCAGGAAACCUUUGAAGCAGUGAAGAAGAAAGUACAAUUGAGUUACCACAAGGACUUUCUUGUCGAGCAACUUGGCGAGUGGUUGAUGCAAGGAUGGAAAGGACGUCGAAUAUAUGCCCUUUCCUGCUGGAAACCUGUCUAGCUAAGCUAUAGGAGUUUGAAGUGUCUUCAUGUUUUAUGGUGUAUUUGUAGACAGUUGAGAUUCUGUACACAUGUUCCUUACUGCCUAGGCUCUAGAUCAAAGUAGUAAUGAUCUUAAUGCAGAUUUGUUCUUUCCUGUACGCUUAUUCAAUUUAUUUAUUUCUAGUCUUUGUAUUGCAAGGCUAGAUUGACAUAA